AUGUCAAAGUUUCAAGAACUAUUUAAUUCAGCAAUACAUCCCCUUCCUGCUAUCGAAGACCAAAAUUUCGCUUCCCAUUUCGACACCUUUGCAGGCAAACAAGUGACGCUCUUGGGCGACGGCAGCCACGGAACAUCCGAAUUCUACUCAGCACGAGCAGAAAUCACCAAGCGACUCAUCGAGCGACAUGGCUACACUAUGGUCGCAGUGGAAGCAGAUUGGCCAGAUGCAGAGGCGAUCGAUCGAUACGUUCGCUUGCGCCCAGGACCAAAGUCUCAAAUCGGAGGCACCGCAAAGGGAUAUGCACCCUUCAACAGAUUCCCAACCUGGAUGUGGAGAAACUCCGAAAUGCAGCAGUUGGUAGAGUGGAUGCGUGAUCGAAACCAGCGUCUGCCACCAGAGAGAAGAGCCGGAUUCUAUGGGUUGGACCUCUACAGCAUGGGAGCUUCGAUUAAUGCAGUGAUUGACUACCUGGACCGGGUAGAUCCACAAGCAAGCAAGCAAGCUCGUCGGCGAUAUGGAUGCCUAGAACCCUGGGUUGAUGAUCCCACUGCGUAUGGCCUGGCAUCCCUGAGAGGCAUGGGAGACUGUGAAGAAGGCGUGAUGAAAAUGUUGGCAGAUCUUCUUGAGAGACGGCUCGAAUAUGCUCAACGUGACUUGCGAAAUGGUGACGAGUAUCAUAGUGGUGAACAAAAUGCUCAUCUGGUUCGUGACGCUGAGAAGUACUACAAGGCCAUGUACUACAACUCCGCGAGCUCGUGGAACUUGCGUGACCUCCAUAUGUUUGAGACCUUGCAGCGACUAUUGCGGCAUCACGAGGGACAGAAAGCCAUUGUCUGGGCGCAUAACUCUCAUGUUGGGGAUGCCCGCUACACCAGUAUGGGCUUCCGCCGCAGGGAACUCAACAUUGGACAGCUGUGUCGUGAGCGACUAGGUCGCGAGAACGUGACUAUCCUUGGCUGUGGUACUCAUACCGGGACAGUCGCAGCUGCUCAUGAGUGGGAUGAUGAUAUGGAGGUCAUGAAUGUUCGUCCGUCUCGAGAGGACAGUUGGGAGAUUAUUGCCCAUAAUACUGGGGUACCAAGUUUCGUGCUGGAUUUACGUCGGGAUAACAUGGAUGUUUCUCUGAGGUCUGCUCUGGCUGCUGAACAGCGGCUUCAGCGUUUUAUUGGGGUUAUCUAUCGCCCUGAUACUGAGCGAAUCUCCCACUACUCGCAGGCUAUUCUGCACAAGCAGUUUGACGGCUACAUCUGGUUUGAUGAGACUCAAGCCGUCAAACCUCUCGACGUUGUCCAACCUGCCACGCCCCUUGGAAAGGGCGAAACAUAUCCAUUUGGGCUCUAG